AUGGCGACCAAGGCUCACAAGAAUAUCGUCAUCCUCGGCGCUUCCUACGCGGGUGUUUCGACGGCACACUAUCUUCUCAAACAUGUCCUUCCCAACCUGCCGGAUGAGGAUCGCUACUGCGUCGUUCUGGUCUCUAUGUCCGAGCAAGUCCUUUGCAGACCUGCGUGUCUCCGGGCGAUGAUUUCCGAUGCUGCGUUCGAUCAGAAGAAGCUGUUCGUGGAUGUGCGGGAGUGUUUUGAGAUGUACACUGCUGGAAGUUGGGAGUUUCUGCAGGGGAAAGCUUUGCGAGUCGACUUUGAGGAGAGAUGUGUUCAUGUUGUGGGUGAGGAAGGGGAGGUGGAUGUUGGGUUCCAUGCGCUGGUCAUUGCGACUGGGGCGUGUACGCCGUCGCCGCUUUUGGGACUGAAUGGGAGUGGAGAGGAGCUGCGGCGGGCAUGGAAGGAAUUUCGUCUCGCAUUGCCAAAGGCGAAGACUAUGGUUAUCGCCGGCGGAGGGCCAGCUGGUGUCGAAACUGCUGCUGAACUCGCUGAGCAUUUGGACACCACGAGGUCGACGAAGCCUCAGAUCACCCUCAUCACAUCCGGUGAAAGACUUCUCCCAGUCCUCCGUCCUUCGAUCGCAGCCCAGGCCGAGAAAGACCUGACCAUCCUGGGCGUGAAAGUGCUGAAGAAGACCAAAGUCCUCUCCACCACCCCUGAAGACGCCGGAGCAGCCUCCGCCCGUGCCGCUGCAACAAAACUCCACCUCUCGACCGGCCAGACCCUCGACGCAGACCUGUACAUCCCCACCACAGGCACCAGACCCAACACCUCCUACCUCGACCCCAAGUUACUCGACUCGGACUGCCGCAUCAAAACAGACCCCCACCUCCGCGUCCCCAUCGCUGGCCCCCUCACAUACGCCCUCGGCGACGCCUCCACCUUCGCCCGUCCCGCAAUCCACAACAUUACCUCCGCCGUGCCGAUCCUCUGCAACAACAUCCGCGACGAUCUCCUCGGCGUCGAAGGUCAGGAUAAGGAGUUCAAAGAGGAUGAAAGGGAGACGCAGAUGGUGCUGCUGGGGAAGAGGAGGGCUGUAGGCGCGGCGAUGGGGUGGUGGAUGCCGGGCUGGAUUGUGAGGAUGAUUAAGAGGGAUUAUUGGCUUUGGACGACGCCGAAAUUGUGGAGGGGGCAGAUGUGGGAUAGAAGCUCUUGA